GGAGAGCAGCUGCCCGCUUUCAAGAUGGAGGAGCCCAGCACGUGGGAUGAGCCGAGCAGCGGCUCGAGUAGCAGUAAUGAGGAAGAUGAGGGCAUGGAAAUGGAGGAGAAGGAGCAAGAAGAAGAGAAGGGUCGAAAGGGAGCUUACGUGCCAGGACAGGGGGCCCCUCCAGCACCUGGGGAAGAACUGGUGAUGGACGAGGGUGCCUAUCGCCUCUAUCAUCGCGCAGGCACAGGUUCCCCUUGUUUGAGCUUUGACAUUUUGCGAGAUGCCCUUGGAGAAAAUCGAACCACCUACCCGCUGAGCCUUCUCCUUUGUGCUGGAACUCAGGCUGAAACUGCCAAUGCCAACAGGCUGAUGGUGAUGAAGAUGCACCACCUCUAUGGGACCAAACGCGCUGGCAAGGAUUCUUCAGAGUCAGAGAGUAGCAGCGACAGUGAAAGUGAUGAAGAUGAAGAGAAAAAACCCCAGCUGGAACUGGCCAUGGUCCCCCAUUAUGGGGGUAUUAACAGAGUUCGGGUGACAGAAUUAGGUGGAUCGCAGGUCGCAGCGGUUUGGUCUGAGAAGGGGCAAGUGGACAUAUACGAUCUACAGCGCCCCCUUGUGGCCCUGUCCGACUCUCAAGCCAUGGCAGCCUUUCUGCGAGAAGAGCAGGCCAAGAUCAAACCUAUCUUCUCAUUCGCUGGGCAUAUGACGGAAGGAUUUGCUAUGGACUGGUCUCCCAAGAAACCAGGGACUCUUUUGACUGGUGAUUGCAACAAGAACAUCCAUCUGUGGACACCCAAGGAAGAUGGAUCAUGGCUUGUAGACCAGCGGCCUUUCACAGCCCACACUGCAUCAGUGGAAGACCUGCAGUGGUCCCCAAAUGAAGCUACGGUUUUUGCUUCCUGCUCAGCGGAUGCCUCCAUCCGCAUCUGGGACACACGGGCGCCACCAGGGAAAGCCUGCAUGCUGACUGCCGGCCAGGCGCAUGAUGCAGACGUCAACGUCAUCAGCUGGAAUCGAAACGAGCCCUUCAUCGUCAGCGGGGGUGAUGAUGGGAUCCUCAGGAUCUGGGACCUCAGGCAGUUCCAGAAAGGGUCAGCUGUUGCCACCUUCAAGCAGCACACAGCACCCAUCACGUCUGUCGAAUGGCACCCUACAGACAGCGGCGUGUUUGCAGCCUCUGGCGCCGAUGACCAGGUGACGCAGUGGGACUUGGCUGUGGAGCGAGACGAGGAGGCAGAGGCCAAGGACCCAGCUUUGGCCUCUAUCCCACCCCAACUGCUGUUUGUUCACCAGGGAGAGAACGACAUUAAAGAGCUGCAUUGGCAUCCACAGUGCCCUGGCACCCUCAUCACCACAGCCCUAUCUGGCUUCAACAUCUUCCGGACUAUCAGCGUCUGAGGGAGAGCGAGGCUUUCAAAAUGGCCGCCUGGGGUUUGUGGACCUGUUGCCGAGGGAGGUGCUAAGCCACCGUAACCUUCGUCGCUUCUUUCGAGAUGGCUGCAAUCUCUCCUCCCUGUGGAGGUGAACCUUCUAAAAAUGGGUUCUUUUGUUGGUUUAAUAACUAUCUUUGCUUUUGGAAUAGUCUUCACAGCUGCCCCGAUUAAGCUUUGCAGUCUUUUGAUGAGGUCAUCACCUCUCCGUGUCAUUCCGUUAAUGAGUGAUAAUGAUUAGAAUAGCCUUUGCUCUGCUUUAUCUACACUCAUUCAUUCCUCGAACAAAUCGGAUGAUUCAGGUCUCAUUUAGAUGUUGCCACUCCACUAUGGGAAAAAUUCAAAACAGACUUAAUGGCUUUCUCUGUGUGUGGAAUCAUCCAGUUGUCCGGGGGGUCCUUUACCUUUUUACGUACAAUGUAUAAAACAGUUUGCAAGCAUCUGCUUAACUGUUCAUCAGAGCCUACCACUGAUGCUGCAGGGGGCGGAGGGGAAGUUGUUUGUAAAGAAUAAUGUAUUUUAAAUAAAUAUAAAUUAUUUUCGA